GUACCAAAUAAAAUCAGAGAAAAGUGGGAAUAUUUCAAAAUAUGGAUGAGGAAUUGUAUCGCGAAUUUACUUGUCCAAUUUGUGCCGACAUUUUCACUAAUCCUAAAGGUCUUCCCUGUCUCCAUUCUUUCUGUAGAGAAUGUCUACGCGUCUAUAUCACUAAACAGCAGGAAAAUAAAACAAGAAACUGUGAGUUCUCAUGUCCAGUAUGCCGACAUAAUGUUGUUCCGUCCGAUGUUCGGAAACCUGUGGAAGACUGGGUGGACCAGUUCCCGAGCAAUCAUCAAAUCAUUAGUCUUAUGGACAUCAUGAUUCCGAAGAGAAAUGAUAAACCAUGUAGACUUUGUUUAAAACGUGAGAUCAACUCAAAAGCAGUAAAUCUGUGCCGGACAUGCCAAGAGGAGUACUGCGCCGACUGUUCAAGGUUUCACCUGCUUCUCAAGGCCACUAAAGGCCAUAGGCUCUACCCACUAGAAACUAUAUCUCCACCAUCUAGGACUUCUACCGCGGUAACGACUUUGUCUCUUCCUGAAGACCAAUGUGACUUAUUCGAGUACAAAAUCGAAUGCACAAGUUGCCAACAACUAAAUGUUACCUCAGAGACGGACAAUGCAGAGGCUUGGAUAACGGGUGCAAUCUUUUUGGAAGACGACAAAAUCCUUAUGGCAGACAACAGAAAUUUGAAAUUAAAACUGUUCUCUGCAGAUUUUAAAUUUAUAACUGAAGAUGAUUCCUUUAAGCCAUAUGAUUUAACAUUGAUGGAUAAUGAAACUGCUGCAGUUAGUGAUUCGGGUUGUGUCAGGUUUUGUACUGUAGAAAAUAAUUCAUUAAAAUUGACAAAAACUUACAAUAAUGACUGGAAAAUUUAUGUGCCGAAAAUUAUAUCAUUAUCUGGUUACUGUAGGGGAAUAUGCUCCAGUCAAAGUAAAUUAGCCGUGUGCUCUGGUAAGGAUUUGGACAAACGAAUUAUUAUCCAGGAUACAGACAUUGUUCGCUAUAUAUGGCAGGACAUUGAUGGAAAGAGUCUGUUUAGAGAGCCCUGGUACUGUGUGAUGAACGAAGCUGGGACUCUCAUCUUCGUGGCUGAUGGGGUGGGGAUGGAAGGGCAUGUGAUCUGCGUCACCACACAGGGUCGGUUCCGGUGGAAACACAAAUUCGAAAUGCCGAGAGGUUUAUGUAUCUGUGGAGAUCAUCUUUUUGUUGCAGACAUGAAAGACAAUAGUAUUAAGGUGAUAUCAUUUGAUGGAGAAGAAGUAAAAACUUUGCUAACAAAGGAGGACGGUAUUCAGCGCCCUCAGUGUGUGGCUAUCAACAGGACAGGGGACAAACUGCUGGUGUCAUCGUGUCCUCCCUACCACAACGACUAUGUGUCUAUAUUUGAUAUGACCUACAAAAAGAAGGAAAAAAAGAAACCGAUAUCUGUCAGAUCUUCUGUUGGGGUACAAAGACAAAGUGAACUCUGUUCUGUCAGUUGAGACCAUCAUCUGUCACUUUCACAAUUAAGAGAAACAAUUUGCAAUGUAGUAUUUAUGAAAUAUACAUGUAUUUGAAAGGAAAAUAUUUGUUACCUUUACAUUGUUUGCUGAUGAUUAUUCCCUCAGAACACUCCUCAGAAAA